AUGACAUUCUCAGCAUCCAAUCAUCCCCAAGGCAGUUCCCGGAUAGGGACGUCUGGUGAUGCUUUGUAUAAGGAACUAUGGCAUGCUUGUGCUGGACCCCUUGUCUCCCUUCCACGUGAAGGGGAGCGAGUCUAUUACUUUCCACAGGGUCACAUGGAACAGCUUGAAGCAUCAAUGCAUCAAGGGUCAGAGCAGCAAAUGCCUUCAUUCAAUCUGCCAUCCAAAAUCCUGUGUAAAGUUGUUAAUGUUCAGCUACGGGCUGAACCUGAAACAGAUGAAGUUUAUGCACAAGUUACCCUCCUUCCAGAAGCAGAUCAAAGUGAGAUAACAAGCCCAGAUCCUCCACUGCCAGAAACUCCACGGUGUACAGUCCAUUCAUUUUGCAAGACACUUACUGCGUCUGACACAAGCACGCAUGGUGGAUUCUCUGUCCUUCGGAGGCAUGCUGAUGAUUGUUUGCCACCACUGGAUAUGUCCCAGCAGCCUCCGUGGCAAGAAUUAGUUGCAGCUGAUUUGCACGGAAAUGAAUGGCAUUUUCGGCACAUAUUUCGAGGGCAACCUAGGCGGCACUUGCUCACAACUGGGUGGAGUGUUUUUGUUAGUUCUAAGAAAUUAGUAGCUGGUGAUGCCUUUAUAUUCCUCAGAGGUGAAAAGGGAGAGCUGCGUGUUGGAGUAAGGAGACUCAUGAGACAACCAAGCAACAUGCCAUCGUCUGUUAUUUCUAGUCACAGCAUGCAUCUUGGAGUUCUAGCUACUGCUUCUCAUGCUAUUGCAACUGGGACACUAUUUUCUGUCUUCUACAAGCCAAGAACAAGUCGAUCUGAGUUCCUUGUAAGUGUCAACAAGUACCUUGAAGCUCACAGUCACAAACUCUCUGUUGGAAUGAGGUUUAAGAUGAGAUUUGAGGGUGAGGAAGUUCCUGAAAGAAGGUUCAGUGGCACGAUUGUUGGUGUCCAAUGGGAUGAGCCCUCUUCAAUAUUGCGACCAGAUAGAGUAUCCCCGUGGGAAUUGGAGCCAUUGGUGGCAACUACUCCGCUAAACUCCCAACCUGCACUGAGGAACAAGCGGGCACGACCUCCUGUUUUACCUUCGCCGUCCCCAGAUCUUUCGGCACUUGGUGAGUGGAAAUCCCAAGUUGAGUCUCCUUCAGCUUUCUCCUAUAGCGACCCACAACGCGACCGAGACAUUUAUCCAUCAUCCAAGUAUAAUUCUGCUUCAAAAGCCAAUUCUCUGUGUUUUACUGGGAAUAAUUCUUUGGCUGCUGUUUCUGGGAACUCAAUGUUUUGGUCUAAUCGAGUUGAUGGUGUAACGGAUUCUUUCUCACCUGUUACGAACAAAGAUUCUGGGGAAAGGAGACAAGGCACUGGGAAUGGAUGUAGACUCUUCGGAAUCCAGCUACUUGAAAACACUAAUGUAGAGGAGUCUUCACCUGUGGUUAUGGUGUCUGGGAAAUUGGGGGAUAUUCGACCAAUUUCAUCAUUAGAUGCCGAAUCUGACCAACAUUCCGAACCAUCAAAUGUCAAUCGAUCUGAUCUCCCUUCAGGAAGUUGUGAUGCUGAGAAGUCGUGCCUGAGAUCACCUCAGGAAUCGCAAAGCAGGCAAAUCCGGAGUUGCACCAAGGUUCACAUGCAAGGGAUUGCUGUUGGACGAGCCGUAGAUUUGACACGGUUUGAGCGGUAUGAGGAUCUGCUUAAGAAACUGGAAGAGAUGUUUGAUAUUGAGGGUGAGCUCUGUGGAUCUACGAAGAAAUGGCAGGUUGUGUACACCGAUGAUGAGGAUGACAUGAUGAUGGUUGGGGAUGAUCCAUGGCAUGAGUUCUGCAGCAUGGUAAGAAAGAUUUUUAUCUAUACAAUAGAGGAAGUCAAGAGGUUGUCACCCAAGAUAAAACUUACACUCAAUGAAGAGGUCAAACCAGGAAAGCCAGAUUCUGAAGCAGCAGUCAACACCGAAGACCAGUCAUCCAUUGUGGGACCUGCAUACUGA